AUGCUAGCUCUUCCGACUUAUGGCAUAUCUACUUUCCUGCUCCCUUUGGAGAUAUGUGAAAACCUAGCUAGUGCCAUCGCACAAUUCUGGUGGAGUUCAGAUCCACCAAAAAGAGGAAUACACUGGGCGAAAUGGGAAAAAGUAUGUCUACCAAGAAAGGAGGGUGAGAUUGGGUUUCGUAUGAUCCAUGAGGUCAAUCUGGCAUUGUUGGCAAAACAACUAUGGAGGCUAGUUCAAUUUCCGAACUCAUUGGUUGCCCGGGUCUUAAGGGGAAGAUACUACAGAUUAAGUUCGCCACUAAGAGUAAAUUCUGCUAGUAGACCAUCCUAUGUGUGGACUAGUAUUUCUGCUGCAAGGAAGUUGCUUCUACUGGGAAUCAGACAGAAGAUACACUCAGGUUAUGAAGUUAAGGUGGGGGAGGAUCCAUGGAUCCCAACGACCCCAGCGAGGCCAGCUAUCCCUGUUGCGCCAGUUAUGCAUCCCAAUAUGAGAGUCAUCGAUCUCAUUAAUCAUGCAGCGAAGGAUUGGGAUGUUGGACUUUUGGAAAACUAUGUCAAUCUUGAUGACAUACCGCUCAUAAGAAUUGUUAACUGGUCAUGUGGUAGUAACAAGGAACUUAGAAAGACGCAAUAUGAGAUGUGA